AUGUUUUCCAAAAGACCAGAUAAGCACACGACGGGGUUGAUCAAUUUGAGAAACGAUUGCUUUGCCAAUACAUCCCUACAGGCAUACUCUUCGUUACCGAGUCUCACUGAAUACCUCAAUAGUUUUAUUUUGAGCUACGAUCAGCUAUCGCAGUUUGUCAAUGACCACAGCUUGGACAUUGAAGAGCUCACCAAGUUGAGAAUGGAGCGUAACAAGUCGUUGCAGAACUCCAGAUUCAAGUCGUCAAACGCAAAGUUCACCAUCCCUUUGCAUCUUGCCAUGGCAACGAUGGUGAAGAAGCUUCAAGAAACGCAAAUGUUUUCCAAAACCAUUAGUGUUUGGUCUUUUUUGCACGAGUUGGAGAAUAUUUUCCACGCCAAGAUUUCCAAAAGCCAGCACGACGCCCACGAGCUCACUCAAUUGAUCAAUGAAACGUUGGAAAAUGAAAAUUUGAAAUUGAAAAGCUUCCACAAGUAUAUUCUCUUGAAUUUGCAUCGCAUUGUUCCAAAAGAUGGGCAGCCGACACCACAGGACUAUACUCAAUUAGAGUCGAUUCACAUACCGGAGUUCCCAUUUGAUGGGUUGAUUUUGAGCCAAAUGACUUGUCUUUCGUGCCAUGGGCUCUCUAAGCCCAAUUUCACCCCGUUUGUCAUCUUGACUUUGCCCACGCCAGAUGCACCCGAGUGCAAAUUGGAAACGUUGUUGGAGGAAAAUGAGAGCGAGAGAAUUGAAGGCUAUCAUUGUCUCAAGUGCUGCCUUGAUAAGAUUGUUGCGAAUGAGGACCAAAUUAUUCAACAACGGAAAUUUGCAUCACCACAAGAGGAACAGUUUAUCCAUGACAUUUUCAACUUGCAUCUGAAUCCAAACCUCUGCAUAAACGAGGAUAUUUCUGAACCGCUAGAAAACUAUAUCAAAAACUAUAACGUGAAUGGGUUGAAUAUUUCGGGAAUCACUUCGACGGUGGUUAAAAAGUCGCACAUUUUGAAACCGCCAAAGAUAUUUGGAUUGCACUUGUCGAGAUCUAAAUUUGAUGGCCACAGCGUGACGAGAAACUCAUGUCGUGUGGAGUUUAAAGAUUCAAUGACCUUGUCCAUUGGCCAGGAGUACCACGACAGAUUGAAAGACUUUCAACAAUACCUGCAAGACGAAGAAACCAAGUUGAUUCAGAAAUUGAGCUCAAAGGUUUUGACUACAGACGUCAACGACAUGGAAGAUGCCUCAGUGCAAAAAGACGACUUUGAGGAGAAAGGCGAGGAGGAUGAAGAGGAAGAAGAUGGUGACGAAACCGAUGAUGGAGCUGCAACUGAAACAGGAACCGAUUUGACCGAUGAUGACGAUGAUGAUGAUGACGACGAUGAUGACGAUGACGAUGACGAUGACGAUGAUGAUGAUGAUGACGAUGACCUGUCGUCGCAAACAAGCAAAGAUUCGCUCCCACGUACAAUCACCACUAGCACGACAAUCAGACCCGGUGAAGCUGACCCCGAGGCCCAGCAACACACGCUCAAUGAGGCGCCUCUCUCCGACCAGCAGCACGAAAACCUCAAGGAGCAUUUUAAAAAAUUCAAGUUUAAUGAAAACGACGUUUACAAGUAUAGGUUACGUGCCAUGAUCAAGCACAUGGGAUCGCAUACACAGGGCCACUACGAAUGUUACAAGCACAAGCCCUUGUUUGUUAAGAAUCGAGAAGGAAGCAUUUUCAAACUAUCGCCUGAAAUCAUGGACCUAUCGGGUGACGUUCACCAUGGUGUUGAGCCGGUUGCAAGUACAGACUCAAAUGGCGAAGCGCAAGAAAAGAAGCGCAAGUUUUCGUUUCGGCCAUCUUCGGGGAGUGUAUCGUCGUCGUCAGAUGUGCCAGAUGAUAAGUUCCGUAACAAAUUCUCCAACUUGAUGGGCCGUAGGCCUUCUGUUAUCCAAGCAGAUCCACGAAACGUUGAAGAGAUUUUACAAUCGGGACUCCAAACUCCCGCUGAGAUAUUAGUGGAUGAUCCAAUGAAAGCACCCCAGCAAAACAACUUUGACAGUGCAUUUGCUCAUGCCAAUUUGAAAAACUCCUUCCCGGAAAAGACUUCCAUCACCACCACCAACAACAACAGCAGCAACAAAACAAACGGCGCCGAGUCUCUAGGCGGAGAUCAAACUCCGGAUAAGAAAGUGAAGAUGAAGAAGAUUAGUUCCCUUAUCAAUAAUCCGUAUUGGAGAAUUAGUGAUGCUCAAGUCGAUGAAGUUUCGCGCGCAACCGUGUUGUCGGAGGAAGCCACCGUGUACAUGUUGUAUUACGAGCGAGUCGACAGAAAGCAAAUCAAACGUUCUCAACGUGGCAAGUAG